CUGCAAUCAAAUCGAGUUGACAAUCUGCUGGAACGUACUAAGAGUGGCUCCAUUCUGGUAAACCUUGAUUAUCUCACGGAAGUACACCGCUAACGUAUCGCCAGAUGCAGGACAUCAUCUCUUUCCGUGGACUUGACUCUUUGAAGACGAGUAGUGAGAACUCGAACGAGAUGGCCAGGCUGGCAGACAUCGAUACCAAAAACAUGGUCAAGCUGACGAUGAAGUCUCAAAAGGACGCUUCCACGCUGAAGAAAGUCACCUGGCUUACCUCCAUCUAUCUUCCAGCCUCUUUCGUGUCGGUGAGUGUUUGUUGUCGUUUCGCGUCAUCUGCGGUCAUCGCUAACUCGAUCUAGCAAUUCCUCAGCAUGGGGUAUUUGACAGUGCAUUCGAGUAAACGUGGAGCCUCACUACAAUUCGCAUCAGAG